AACAUCUUAAGGUCAAUAUAAACUCCUCAGCCUUGAAGCAAAAAACAGCAUCCAUAUUCAAAGGUAUUGAAGAAAUGGAAGGAGCAAAGAUAGUGGUGGCCGUGGAUGAGAGUGAGGAGAGCAUGUACGCUCUCUCAUGGUGUCUCACCAACCUCUUUCCACACGACAAACACAGUACCCUCGUCCUCCUCUACGUAAAGCCGCCGCCUCCUGUUUAUUCCUCCUUUGAUGCUGCUGGGUAUGUUUUUUCCAGUGAUGCACUGGCAGCUCUGGAGAAAUAUGGAAGUGAAAUGGUAAAUUCAGUGAUGGGAAGAGCCGAAGCUAUCUACAAAAAUUUCAGCACCAACAUAAAGGUUGAGAAAGUAAUUGGAAGUGGAGAUGCCAAGGAUGUAAUAUGCAGUGCAGUGGAGAAGAUCAGAGCAGACACGCUGGUCAUGGGAAGUCACGGUUAUGGCUUCUUCAAAAGGGCUAUUCUGGGAAGUGUGAGCGAUCAUUGUGCGAAGAACGUCAAGUGUCCAGUGGUGAUCGUGAAGAAUCCAAGGAAGAAAUGAAGUUUCUUUAUCAUCUUUUAAAAACAAGCAAUGUUCAUACAGAUACAAGAUAAAGAACAGAGCUCUAAUUCUGGAUUCCAGUUGUACUAUAAAAUACAAAUGUAUAAUCGCCUCAAGCUAUGGUUAAUUUGGUGUAUAAUAUUUACAUAAAGAAAUUAUGAAGGGAAUU